AUGUUUUCGUUCGGGGUUUGGCACCGGGGAUUUGGUGGCCGCUUCUCAUCCCUCUGCUCUGGAAUUCGGGUGUUUAUAUGAUAUUUCGGGAGACUUUGGGAAACCUCAACGCCUGUUGCCGUGGCGUUUCUUAGCUGCUGGAAUGGCUGACUGGGAAAUCGAAUAUCUGCAUCUCUAGGAGACCCUUCUCGGAAAGAAGUUGAAAAGUGCUCUCUUCUGAGAUACUGUUGGUAUCUGAUAACUGAGAGACUGACACUGAUAAAAAGUUGCCCAAGAACAGGGAAAGCAACGGAGUACAGCUAUGUCUUCACAUCCUUAAAUAUUUAGGAGAGGCAGAAAACUUAUGGCUAUCAUAGCUGGGGGAAUUCACGUUAAAAAUAAUUAUUUGAAAGGGAGAAAGUUUGCAAUCAAAAAGUGGUUGCGGAUUUGGAAGAUUAAAAAUAUUGAUUAAAUUGGUUUCAGAUAGAGUUCAAUUUGCAUACGCAGGGAGGAUCUAGGUUCCUUAUGAAGAAAGCACCAACAAUCCAUAUAAUGGGCAGGUUGGUACAAAGGAAGGCCUUAUAAAAAGUUCAAAUUUUCUUUCUCGCCAUACUAGCAUAGGGUAGGCAUAUGUUAUGGAGAGAAUCUUUCGUAACUAAUUUUUUCAGGUGAAGUGAAACAUUUUAGUCUUCUUCCUUACAAACUGUAAAAUUUUUCCUUACGUAGAGUUUGAUAUUAGUAAAGUCUCGUGUAAACAUCUUUUCCUCAUUUCAAUGGGAAAAAAAUUAUAAUAGUUCUUUCAUUCCCAGGAGAUGAAUACUUUGGAAGAUAUGAUAUCUCCAAAAAUAAGUACUAAUUUUUCUUUCUCAUUUUUCUAGAAGAAAACAGCAUUGAAGUUAGAUUGUAGCUGUAGACAGUUUGUAACGAUGCUACUGCUUUCAAGAAUUUCAGAUAUUUAAAAUCAGCCACUAGUUUGGCAAAGUUUUGGUGACUGAUUGUAUUACAAGCCCGUGUUUUCUCUUCUCCAAAUCAAACAUUAGGCAUGCAAUCUUUUCAUCGUUCUACAAGUAUCUUUUUGUCUAAAGUUUUCAGAAUUUUUGUUCGUCUUGCUCAUAGAUAUUGCUAUCCGAGUUAUCUUUAUUUAGGUUGAAUUGGUUAGUUCAAUUCCAUUCAUUAUCAAGCAUACUACUGAAAAGUAUAAGCGCAUUAUACUAUCUGCACAAAUUUCCUUCCCAAUAAUUUGAUACUCAUCUGGCAAUGAUGUCCUUAUCUCUAACAGGAGUCAGAAAACUUUUCGCCCAAAAAAGAGUGCACCAUCUGGGAGCAAGGUAUUCCUAAUAAAAUGAUUUACGUUCUAUGGUUUUUCCUUUUCUGAUUAGAUUCUGCUCAUAUUUUCAUUUCGUGGACAAAAUUCGAGGGUGAGUUUUAAUAGGUAAAACGAUUGUUUAAAAAACGAUUCGAUAUGUCAAGGUGUUAAACCCCCCUCUGCCUGGCCCUUGCACUAUUUGGUGUUCUUAAUUAUUGAACCAACCACCAAAUUUCAGAAUCAUUCUCAUCAAUUAUGGUUUAUAAACUGCAUGCUUCAAAAUUAAGUAAUGUGAAUGUGUAUUGCUUAGGGAAAAAAAGAGUCCAACAAGAAAACAAUGAUUAAUGAAAUAUGGAGGUUGGACAUAAAAUAAUUGUGUAUGCAAUCGGAGAAACUGUGUUAAGUUUUAGAACAGAAAAUCAUUAUUCUAAUCAAAAGUAAUAGUAACCGCCCAAUAAUGAACAUCCUAGGCACCUGACGUACCCUAGAUUCCAGUUCAGAAUAAGGGCUCAGUGGGUGCGUUUCAAAAGGUUGAUAGUACUAUAAAUGCCUACAAAACAAUUAAGAACUGUGGGAGAGAGAUUCUGUGGAAGGACAGGUCAGCUGGGAAGGCCUCGAUUCAUGCCCAGUUCUUACUUGCUCAUAAAGCUGUCCCUCUAGUUCUUUUGCUACUUUUCUCUAGGUCAGAUACAAACAUUUUUUAUAUUAUUUCGUGUUUACUGUCAAGAGCUAUCAGAAAACUUUUAGCAAAAUCAUUUUAGGUUUUUGUUGCCAUUUAUAUCAUUACGAUCUAGAUCAGAUGGGUGAUCACACAUAUGUUAUUGUAUCUAUUCACAGUUCUGUACUCUUCACAUGAAAGUUUAUUCUCAUGUCAUGAAGGAUAAAUUAUGGUUUGGAGUUGCAUAAAAUAUCUAAAAUGUAGUAUUAUUCUGAUGUUGUGGGAAGUCAAGAAUUAUCAUCUUUAGGCUUUUUGUUUGGGAUCUGAAAGGUCUACUAGAGGGCAGCCAUACUGCUUUGGCUUAGCCUUCCAAGUGGACGAUUAUGCUCUUGCUGCUCGACUUAAAUUCUUUAUAAAGUUCUAACUAGCACAUCUUCGAGUUUGAACAUACGAAUUUGUCAAAAGUCUCGUGACCCUAAAAAGCAUCUCAUAUCUUUGGCUCAUCUCUUUGGUGCUCUUUCUGUCAAUCAUGUUUCAUUUUCCAAUCUUAGAUCAUGACUGACUCAUCACAGAUGAUUCGAAGAUGGAAGGGUCCAGUGGAGUACUGCUUAGAUUCAGGCUAUCAUGCUAGUCAAGAUGGAUAGAAUAAUUUUAUACUAUGCUUUCAUUCAUAUUUGAGGAUGAUGAAAAAUAUUUGUCACCUAUUUAUAUAAUAUAAAAAUAAACACAGUUUGUCUCUUCUUUAUUUUGGAACCCUUUUCUUUUGGAAGACUGAGAGCGCACUUCGGAAUACUGAGAGCCAUUGAUAUUUUGUAACUCACCUUUUUUUUUUGAUCUGCAGGGUGCGCAACUUCGGAAACGCAUUGAUGCCACUCUGGGCAGUGGAAACCUCAGGGAAGCAGUCAGGCUUCCACCCGGGGAGGAUGCAAAUGAAUGGCUCGCAGUGAACAGUAAGCCCUUUUUCAUUUGAAUUUUGAUUGAUUUGUUUGCCUAAGGUAUUUUCUCCAUUUUAUGAUUCGUCACAUAUGUUUUCCUGAUGUUCCGACUAGUUCCUUCAAAUUGAACUGGUAUUUCCAAAAUCAUACAUGACGAUGAUAAAGAGCUCAAGAAGUUGAUUUUUCCAUUUUUAUAUAUUUUUUAUUUUUACCUUUUAUGCAUACUAUUGUUUAGCAGAAAAAUCUGAACGUGAGGAAUUUGUUUACAGCUGUGGAUUUCUUCAAUCAGGUGAAUCUUCUCUAUGGCACUCUCACAGAGUUCUGCACUCCUGAGAACUGCCCUACGAUGACUGCCGGUCCCAAGUAAAAAUACCUUUUUCUUUUCCUUUUAAAAAAGCUUAUGCAAUGGUGAAUGGUAGGAAAUAUUACAGAAAAUAUUUAGAAUUUAACCGUCUAUGUCUGUGACAGGCCACUUUGCCUUUUUCGUAGUUAUUCCGGUUCAGUCCUAAAUGAUAAUUCCGGCCUACCUCAGCUGGUGGCGAGUCAUCUGUGGGUGGGUUUCCACGCCAUAGAAUGGACUCAAACAAAACUUUUGUGAAUGUUCCUGAGAUAAGAACGUAAAAAAAAUAAAUUCUACCCGAAUUUUUAUUAAUCUUAUUCUACUUCUUCACUAUCUCUGGGUAUGAUCAGCUAGCAACUAAAGGGCAGCAACCUUGGAAAAUACUUCAAUUCUAUGAUCACACGUGGAAACCAACCGUUUAGGAGUUUUUGACACCCCCACAUAACACAUCCUGCCUCACUUUCAGGAUCAUGUUCGUAGAUGUCCUUCUACUGCUUUAAAAAAAAAAAACUUGUACUUUUCCUCCGAUAUAAACCAAACGGAGCUUGACAUCCAUAUAGGGUUCUUCAUCCCACCCCUCCUUAUUUUCCAAUCAAUUUGCAGGUACGAGUAUCGAUGGGCUGACGGGGUGCAGAUAAAGAGGCCCAUAGAGGUCUCCGCCCCAAAAUAUGUCGAGUAUUUGAUGGAUUGGAUAGAGGUUCAGCUGGAUGAUGAAUCCAUCUUCCCCCAAAAGCUUGGUAAAUAUUGAAUUUCUCUUACUUCUGGAUCUUCCUGUAUGUGAUAAACAUGAAUGUGUCUGCAGGAACCCCAUUCCCUCCAAACUUCAAGGAGGUGGUGAAGACCAUCUUCAAGCGCCUGUUCCGCGUGUAUGCUCACAUAUACCAUUCGCACUUCCAGAAGAUCCUGAGCCUCAAGGAGGAGGCGCAUCUCAACACCUGCUUCAAGCACUUCAUCCUGUUCACCUGUGUAAGUUGGGCCGGUAUCCUACUCUCAAUCAUGGAGAUGAAUGGAAUGGGUCCCAGGUGGGUGGAUCAUAUAAUGAGGGCUUUUUCUGGCAUCUACAAGAUGGGGAAUAGGAGAGAACUUCUGAAUGAACAUGUUCCCAUCGAAUGAACCUGAUGAACUGCCAUCAUCCAGGGAUGAAUCUGGUGUAGCUCAGAUUCCAUGCAGUUCGUUUUUUGGGGAUCUUUGAUGGUCACGGGCUGGGGACUGGGUAAUAUGUCAGGGAUUCUGUGAUCUUUGGUGUUCUGCUGAAUUCUGCAACGCAAUGCAUGCAGGAAUUCGGACUGAUCGACAAGAAGGAGCUCGCCCCUCUGCAAGAGCUGAUAGAGUCCAUCAUUGUCCCCUACUGA